UAUUAAAUGUUCACGACUAUGCAGGAUGUAUUGGACAGGGAGAUGAUUAUUUAUUGCAGAAAGGAGACAGGGGCCUCAGUGCCAUUCUUGCACAAUAAUUACGCACCAUUUCCAUAAAAAACAUGCUAGGUCAUCAUGUUUAUAUAUUAAAUUUGCUUUCAGAAUUUGAAAGAAGAUUAGUUUGUUGAGAUUAUUGUGUGGUAAGUUGGGGUGUGGGGAGACAUUGAGCAGACAUUGGCAAGAAAAAUGUUGAGAUCCAGAUCAGGAUCAAGUUAGGACUCGUGGAGGGUGCAUAUGAGAUUCCUUUUGUCUCCCUGUUGCCAAUAUAUAUGAUCAGAGCUUGAGAGGGAAGGUGCAUUGAGAACGAUCAAAUUGUACAUUGAAGCCUUUAGCCUCUUGAUCUUCAGACAAAAAGAUGGCUUCUUCACCUUGGAACCAAAAAUCCAACUUUCGUGCUCGUUCAAACAGCUUGCCUUCUAGACCUCAUCCACUUAUUCCACAAAUAGAUGAGCAUCUAUGUAGGCUAAAGUCCAAUGAAGCCAACUCUUCAUCAUCUCCAUCAAUUGUAGAAAAACUGAGUGGCCUCAGAGAUCUGUAUGAAUUGGUUGAUAGUUUCCUUCAAUUGCCUCUCACACAAAAAUCCUUAACCCAACAAUGCAAUGAUAAACAGGUUAAUGAGUUGUUGAACGGGUCUCUCAGGCUCUUGGAUGUUGGUGGUGUAGCCAGGGAUGCUUUAUUGCGGGCCAAGGAAGAUAACCAAGAACUUCAAUCAAUUUUAAGAAGAAGAAGAGGUGAUGAUGCUGGGUUCACAAAUGAAGCUAAAGAAUACUUGGCCUCAAGGAAGAAAGCAAAGAAGAUAAUAAACAAGUCUUUGAGAGAUUUGAAGAGUAAAUGUAACUCAGAAAAUGAUGUUGAAGCUACAUUUAGCAUGUUGAGAUAGGUAGAAGGAGUUACCCUCACAGUGUUUGAAUCUCUCUUGUCUUAUAUCAGUGGGACAAAAAUGCAACCAAAACAUACCAAUUGGUCUUUGGUGUCCAAGUUGAUGCACUCCAAAUGUGUAACAAGCGAGGGAGAAGCAACAAAAACUAAUGAAUUUGAGAGAAUGGAUGCAGUUUUGUGCACUCUCAUUGGUCACAAGACAAGAAAUCUAGUAACACGAACACUGAGAGUGCCCAAAUUGAGUUGCAGAAAUUGGAUUCAAGCAUUCAAGAUCUUGAGGAUGGAGUGGAGUGCGUGCUUAGGCUCUUGAUUAAAACUUGAGUUCCUGUUCUCAAUAUCCUCAGCCAUUAGCUGCAGAAGAUUAUUACAGAUUGGCAUCU